ACGCGCAUCACGCAAAGAGGUAUUGUCGCUGUCUUCUGCCUGGUGUUCGCGAAAGCAUCACUUUCUUCGAGCCUGGGCAAGGUAGGAUGAUAAAAUUCUCAAUUUGAGGGAUAAAAUGCAAGCUAUUUUGUAUUUCAAGAGAGGUAUUCAGUGAAAACCGAAAUCAAAAUAGUUUGUAUUCGCGUGAGGGUGGUUCGUAUUUUAACUUCUACCUCGCGUGCGCGCGAAGUUGAUUUCCUGCAAUGUACAUUUUGGACAAAAAGGUAAAUAUAAAGAGGAGGUACAUACUUCAGGCUGGUAAAUAUUUGAGCUGACUAUAGGCUGCGUUUAGAAAUCUCAGCGGGUAAAGAAGUGGAGUUUCCAAAACCACAUAAUGAAUGAAGCGGAAAGAGUCCAUAAACAACAUAUCAGGGAAUUCUUGGUUCCAAAACAUUAGUUAUUGUUCGACGUGUGACAUUUAAAUGGUUCUUAAUUGUAACGUAAUAACUUUGCGGAACGAUUUGGGGAAUUUAGUCGAAAUUUAGCGUGUAAAUGCUGGAAAGUGUCGAUAAUAUGAUGAUAUUUUGAAAGAUGAUUUAAGGACAUGAAUUCAAAGUGCCUCGAUCACGAACGUUCUUUGUAGUUGAUCAUUUGACCAUGUCUGCUCUUAUAUAAGUGUAAACGCUCAUGAUUUAGAAAACACGCCAAUUGAACAACUAUAAAGUCCCAUUUUCUUUCGAAAACUAAUAAUAGCGCUUUCUGAAGCAAACGAAUUAUCUUUACACGUUCGUCUCGCUUCUGAAUUUCUGAGAGGUCAAUGAGGUUAAACUGAAUUUUUACUUGCAUUCUGUUGUAAAUAUCAAUUUCGCUAUUCAGUUAGAACUUGUAUAUUUGGGCUUUAAUGAAUUUUUAGUCUGAAAUAAAAAUGUUGAUCUCCUGUGACAUGAGAAGAUUAAAGAUUUUCAGCUUAAAUUUAUCUAGCAUAUCAAAAUGGUCUGACUGCAGGACUGUUCUGAUUUCUAGCACUCUCUACAUGCCUAGCGUCAUAUAAUUCCGAUAAUAUUCAGAUAUUUAACGCGCUUGAUUGGAAACCAUUAUUGUUUUGUUUGAGAAACUUUUUACGGUCUUCAGAAAACGAAGAACAAAGAGAUCUGAUUAAAAAUUAAAAGAACUGGUACUUAUAAAAUAAAGUUGUAUUCUAAGGUGCACCUUCUGUAGCUUAUUGGCCUCCUGUGAAUAAACUGGACCCCGAUUUUUUAAAUUUCACGAGAAAGUUCCUGGGAGUUAAUUAUCACAGACAUUAAUGGAAAUUUGGGUUCAUUUUUUUUCCUGAUAAUUAGUUUUCAGAAAUUGAUUUUUUCCCAUCACAAGAUCUUGUUGUCAGCGAGGUCAUACCGGCGUGUUUAUGACUGUUUCGCAUUUGUUAUGACUUGUUUCCGGCGGAGGUUAAAGUCUGUGAGAAUUUAAUAAGGGUAGGCUUGUUGUGUACAGUUCUAGAAUAAAUUGACUAAAAAUGCACCAUAACACAGGAAAACAUGAGAAAUUUGCGGUGCUCUAAAAUAAAUUAAUGUUUUAAAAACAGUAUUUCAAGUACGUCAGGUGACAGUGACGAUCGAAAAUCGGCGCCGAGCCAGAAAGUCAAAUCGUUGUUAAAAUUCAAAUAAUUACUGUUUGGGUCUGUGUUCAUAGUGCAUCGUUUUCAGGUUUGUUUCAUUUUUGCUAUAAAUAUUCCACUGAUAGUUGAUUUGUUUUAAAGCUUUCUCGUUGGCUGGCUGAUUACUAUUGUCAAACUUAUAUUUUCUGAUAGAAAGAGCCAUGGGCACAGUCGUGGAAACAUCGUACACGGUGGAAACCAUUCCAGGUGAGUUCUCUCCUCAACUGAAUAUUUUGCGGUCAGAGUAACUCUUUAAUGAGCCAGAUUCGUCGUUCAUCGUAAUCUUCAGCCGUUUUUGUGUUUUGAUAUUCCUUUUCAAAUUUUUAUGUUUUGUCAGUGUAAUAUUGUAGUAUUAAUCAAAAUAUAUGUUCCAUCACUCUUUUACACUGAAAACCACCAGAGUACAUUACCAUGCUGAAGUUAGUGAUUAUGUUUUGCGAUAUCUCCUAAAUCUAUUAUCGGUAGGUCGAUUCAAACACGACAAACUUGUUCCUUCUUUGAAAAUAACGCCUUAUUGAAACCAUAGAACCAGGCAUUUCGUGGAACAAACAGAGAAAUCAUUUACCGUGAUGCCGUUGAAAGAACAACAAUUCCCCAUUUCAACAGCAUCAUGCUGUUCAUAUUUUUUAAGAGUUCAUUUAAUCCACUUAAAGAAGUUAGGAAGGUCUUAGUAAUGAAAUAAAUGUUAAAAUUAGAAUUUUCUUUAGAGGGAUUAAAAAUUGCAUCGAGAGGUACGAGCUGUGGUAAUUCGAAUGGCAAUGGUUUAAAACAUGCAACUUUCGCUCCUUAUUUAAAGUUUAUAACGUUGGAAUUUUGCCACAUUAAAAUCUUAACAUAUAUAACUUCUUGGCAACAGAGCAAAAAUUGAAACUCAUAUCAUGAUGACUCAAAAUUGUCACGUAUUUUUAACCCUUGUCUUUUAGGUUUGAUUCGAGUUGCAAAACAAUUGGAUUCUUCAUAUCUUGUCUUUCAAAUGAAACCAACAGUUUCUGUUUGCCUUUGGAAAAAAAAAAGGGAAAUAUAAUCUUGUAGAGUUUUUUGUAAUUCAGAUGCAAAUUUUCUGCACCAGUGCGAGUAUAUUGGCAUACAAUGAAAUCAUUAUACCAAUUAGUAAACAUGACUCGAGUUUAUUUAUUCAGAAAUGAAUACUUUUAUUUUUUUUAACUAUCUUUAAAGGAUAUGGGGCUCAGUUAUUUGUAGGAUCAUCAAAAAUAAACAUUUUUGUGUCUUUGUGGCUAAAACACCAGAACACCCUAAUGGAGUAUUUUAAUUAAUUUAACGACUCUUGUUCCGCUGUUUAUUCUUCCCUCUCCUUCUUUCUUUAAUUUCUUCCUCUAUGUUUUCAGGAGGUGAGCCUCUUGGAGUGGAAAAUGGAGCUAUAGCGGAUAACUGUCUCACUGCUUCCACAUUCUCAGGCCACGCGCCUCCACAUUUAGCCCGUUUAAACGGGCCUUCGGCCUGGUGCGCUGGAAAAGCAACCGACUGCUAUUUGCAAGUAAGAAUCUGUAAAAAAGAAUUGUUUUCAGUCUGCCACACAUGAGUCUCUCAGAAAAUUUGACCAAUCUAGGGAAAAUGCUGGUGUUCUCUUGUGAGAGGUGUAAGGAACUUUUCAGACUUUACCGAGAUUGAAACCUCUGACGCCAAAAGAUGUAUAUGUUUCUUAGGGCGAAAUAUCAUCGUUUUGCUAUCUGUGUUAACCUUAAGAAACUUGAGGAAUUGUUGACAAUGGAGUGGUUGUCAAGACGAAGAGCGCAAUUUUUACUUCAUCACCUAACUUCGAAGAUUCAACUUAUUAUGGAACAAGAGAAUGUAAAGUUUAUUUGUAAUGAAAUUAUUACCAGAAUGAUAACAAAUAAAUGUUCCUACAUAGCUAACAUCUUGGGUGGAGGAGGUCUUUUCCACGAGCCUUCAUUUCCUUGGGCUGUCUGUGUUUCUCUCGGUCUCUAAAUCUUUUAAUUGUUUGAAACUCAUCUGUUUAUUAAUUUAUCUCUUUAUUUCCUUGAAUUAGGUUGAUCUUGGAAGCCUUCAUUUGCUGUGUGGUGUAGCAACACAGGGAAAUCCAGGUGGAAACAGAGAUUACGUCAAACGAUAUAAACUUCUCUCCUCCUCAGACGGCGAGAGCUGGGAUACGUAUGAGGAGAAUGGAAACGAUGUAAAUUCUUUCUCUGUUUUCUUUCACUUUCUUUGUAAAAGUCAAUCUUAAAGUUGAAGAGCGUUGGGUGACAUUAUAAUGUACUACUGCGGUGGUCAUUUUCUCGACACUGACAAUAAUUGACCGUGAACAGCGUUUGGAAAAAACCGUGACCUUUCGUUAAUGAUUUAUUUUCAACCAGGUAUUCUAAAUGACGGUUUGAAACCAUUUCUUGGAUCUUUCUUGCUAUGACAAGAGAUUUCCUUGAAGGUGAAAAUUCAGUAAGAGGAAAAGUUUGUCUAAGAACAGUAGACACAACUGAAUCGCUUGAUAAUUCCGUGUUUGAAAGCCAACAGCAAGCGCAUGGCUAAUUUGCAUACUGGGACUUUUCAUCGCCCUAAUUGUUCUCUGUGAUUUAAUCCUAUUGUUCAUUCACAGAAUUAAAUUGCAUGAGAACAACCAAGCCACGUCGUCAGUUGAAUUUAUAAUCAAAGCAGACCAUUGAUCAGGGUUUAACUUUGUGUUGUUCGUUUUUAAAGACCAUCGACGGAAACUCCAAUAACUGGGGCAUAAACAAGAAGGAAUUGGACAAAGAGAUCAUCACUCGAUACGUGAGGUUUUGCCCAGUCGACUGGUAUUGCUGGCCAUGCAUGAGAGUCGAAUUGUAUGGAGCUGCACUCAACAUAGGAGGUGAGAUCUACAUCGUGGUUCCCUCAGUUACUCCUGAUUGCACUUAGUAACUAAAUUAUAAGCAGUUUUAUAGGGAGAAAGAACGGAAACAUCGUAGAGAAUGAAUUAUAAUAAGCCUAACCCUGUAAAGUUCAUACACAGCAAAUCGGCGUGAAAUGCGUUUCUUAUCGGACGGAUUAGGAGUAUAUAAGUUUCCCUUUGAUGGUUCAACGACUUGACUUAUUAGUGUCUAGUUCUGUUCGGACUCAAACGUUACAACAAACUACUUCUUGCCGAUGAUUGCAGAUCAGGGUGAAUUGAGGGUGAAUUUUAAAAUCAGAGUUAGAAAAUGCACUAUAUUCAAAUAAACAGAAUGUCGCAAAUAGAGUACGAGUUCAAACAAUUUACGAUUGGGCGGGUUAAAAGGAAGAAAAUAGAAGCGGUUUCACGAACAAGUAUUGUUAUGGGUUAGAUUCGGCAAGCUUGGUCUUUUAUGAUGGAAUCAUUUGUUUACAUCAAAUUUUUUUGUAUUUUUAAUCACCCGCUGUGAUUGCUCGGUAAGUGUUCGGCUUGAAAUGCUUAAUAAAAGCUGGGAUUUAAAGCUUAGCUCCAUGUUUACAUUUGGAUACAGGUAGUUUUAUCUGAGGAGAUGAAAAAUGAUAGAGAAAAUGUCCCUGUCGCGGUGAUGAUCUACAAAAUAAUUGAAAAGAAAAAUACUCUUCAGAAACGUUUUAUUGAUAAAUUUACUUGUUCCUCUUUUCGAUAAGCUUACAAAGAACAUCACAUUUGUAGAUUGUAGUCCUUUCAACAAGCUCUUUCGCAAGCAAAAAACUUGGUCACAAACUGAAUGAUCUGUUUGAUAAACUAUUAGCACGUGCUCGUAAUGUGAUCCUGGUCAAAAAGAAAGUAGCUGCACGUAGCAUUGGAGGAAACAGAAUAUUCAACUGUUUCUCGGCGUCAAAACAAGUGAUAAUAAGAGACCAUUGUUAUGUUAUUUUCGACUGUGGGGUCUUUACUUACAAUGUCCAUAUUGCUAGGCAGUUCUUAGAAAAAAUGUAAUAUUUACGCUCCGAACGGCUAGCAAUGAAAAUAUUAAUUAUAUACCUUUGCGGAAUCGAAGAAAAGUAACUCCCACACUUGUAUUGUGAGUCCUGUAUAAUUAGUAUUUUAUAGGAUCGGUCACAAUAUUUCCUUCUACGGCCAUCUCACUGCCACCUGUUUUGACAAUAACAAGGCGCGGUUACUUAGCAGAUAAUUUUUCUAUUCACAAAGUUCGACUUUCUUGAUCAUUCUGGGGAAAAUUUCUAGAUCGAAAUAUUCAUAUUCUUAGCAUUUGAACAUUUAGUUCAAUUUGGGUGAGUACAUCUUUUAGGUGGAGAGUUUUUCCUUGUCUUUUAUAUGAUCAGAUUUUGAAAACGGUUCGAGUCUUUUGAAAAUUGCUUUUCAAAAAAUUCACUUUCGAAAAGCAUAAACGAGGUAUACAAAGCUUCUGUUCUUGAUUUUGAGUGGUGAGUCACAUCAUUUGUAAGAGCUACUACAGUUUAAAUAUUUUCGGUAUAACUUGACUUCAUUGUAAUUGUAACCAAGAGACUUGAAGAGUGUAUGACUGAAUUGACAGAUUCAUAUCGAAUUUACCUAUUCUGAGGCAACAUUUUCAUGUUAAACGAGUGAUAUAUCGCUAAAUUUUGAAGGUGCCGAUUUUGUUUCGUUUUUUUUUUCCAGCAAAUUUUCAGUUUAUUCGUGUGAGAGCUCAAACUAAUUUUUCUUUUAGUAAUCUCACUCAUUCCCGAUGUUUUGUAUUUAUAUAGUUGAGGUAAACAAAUUUCUAUUAAUUUAUUUCUUUCUUUCCAAGACGGAUUUCAAACAACUCAGUCCGAUGAUGAUGGAAGUUAUGUUGUAGGUAAGCGAUGGAUUUUUACUGAAUGAUUUGCAAGGAAAUAAGAUUGUAAUCCCAUUCGAUUUGAAUAUUAUUGUUUUGACUACUCAGAUCAAUAAAAAAUUUCGCUCAGUUACUGUAUAUCGUAGUUCGAAUGACUUUAAGCGACAAAUAUGUCUAAAAUUUGCAUUUCGAUAUGAUUAUUAUCGGAACAAAGAUUACAAUAUUUCGUUGCUAUGGAUGUUAUAUUUGUUCGUCUUAGACAUGUAACGCCCCUUGAUGAAUCUCAAUUCAUUCAGGCUCCAAUACUUUCUUUUGGGUACCCGAUGACGGUCUUCAAACUGUGAGGGGGUCACAGCGGAGGUCUUUCGACUUAAACUUCCCGGCCAGACAAAAUUAAAACUUUAGCGAAACGCAGCUUUAAUCUAUAGCACCUUCAUGUACAAAGAAUAUAUCUUUUUACGUGAUUCGGAGCUUUGCGAGCAUUCCAGAUAGCCUUUCAACGUUUAGUUUCCCGCCAUUUGGUGGCGACAGGUGAUUUGUUUCGCGCGUCUUGUGCUCAUUGGUUAUCACUCAUGCAAAUCACUUUAUUUCACAGAGAAAGUUUUGUAUACAACUGUUGAGACACGUGUUGAGGAGAAUGGCGAGCCAGACGACGACUCGCUGAAGGAGCAAGAGAAACAGAUAAUCCGAGAGGCAAAGGAAAGGCAGCGAAUUGAAGAAGAUCAACAGAACAGAUUGGAAGAAAUUCAAUUGAUUAUUGAGCAAGAAGAAGUUAAGAGAAAGCCAUCCAGCGGAGAUAUGGAUGAGAAGGAACGAAGGGAAGCUGAGGCGCGAAUCCAGUUGGUUCUCAAUGAAGAAAGAGCAUUAGAGCGGCGAGAAAAACCUGAUGGACAAGAUGUACCACCACAAAUGAAUAACAUUGAGGAGGACAGAAACGAACGGGUAACAAAAGAAUACAGCAGAAUCGAUGAAGAGCAUCGAAAACGAAUGGAAGCGCUUAGUGCGAUACUGAAUGAAGACGAAGAACGAAGGAAGAGAGAGAGAGAGGAAAGACGGUUAGCUGAGGAGGAAGCGAGGAAAAAGAGAGACGAAGAGAGACGAAAACAGGAAGAAGAAAUCAGGCGAAAGCGCGAAGAAGAAAGAGUUAAGUGGGAAGAGGAACAUCGAAAAUGGGAAGAGGAGAGGAAAAAACGAGAUAAAGAAUUGGAAGCUGUGUUAGAGGAAGGAAGGAGAAGACGAGCUGAAGACAAGCGGAAACGAGAAGAGGAAUUGAAAAAAGCGAGAGAGGAGGAGAGAAAGAAACGGGAGGAAGAAAGGAAAAAACGUAUGGAUGACGAGAUGAAGAAGCUGGAAGAACAAAGAAAAGAAAGGCAAGCAAAAUGGAAUAGCAGGACUGAAGUUUUCAUUCCUGAAAAGAAGGACGCCGUAGACAAUAAAAAUCGACAAGAUGAGAAAAAAAAGAUAGAGGAAGGAUGGAUCAAAAGGGUUGAAACCCCACGCAAAGUUGAGGAAGAAAUGAAACGAUUCAGAGACGAAGAACGAAAACGCCUUGAAGAGGAAAGAAAAAAGUUGUUAGAGAAGGAAAUUGAAGAGGUAGAAGCAGAAAAAGAAUUUAAAUCAGAGAUUAGAGUUUUAAGGCAAGAGAGACCAGAAACCGUAACCAAAGUGUCUGUGGCAACCAUUCAGUUAGUCCCUGGAGGAGACCCCGAGGAGGAAAAGCGAAGGAUUGAGUGGAGAAUGCAGAAAAUUGAACAGGAUCGCUUGCUCAGAGAGGAAGAAGCUAAGAAAAGACAAGAAGAAGCUGAAAGGAAGAGGAAAGAAGACGAAGAACGGGCAAGGCAAGAGGAAGAAAGCAGACAGAGACAACAGGAAGAAGAGAAAGAGAGGCGUCGGGAGGAAUCAAGGUUACAGAAAGAGGCCGAAGAGAGACAGAAGAGAGAAGAAGCGGAACAUAAGCAUCGAGAAGAGGAAGAACGUCGACUCAAAGCGCUCGAGGAAAGAAGGAAACGAUUAGAAGAGGAAAGGAAGAAACGAGAGGAGGAAGAACGAAUCUGGAAACGCGAACUGGAAGAAAGAAAGCAACGUGAAGACGAAGAAAAGCGCAAACAGUUGGAGAGCAAGAAGCUUAAGCGCCGUAGUAUUGAGCGAAAGAAAUUCGAAGAGGAAGAAAAGAAGAAGCUCGAUGACAUUGAACGGAAGCGGAUUGAGGAAGAAGAAAGAGAGCGAGCAGAAGAGGAACGAAGGCGACGUGAAGAGAGGGAAAGGUGGAAACUAAAGCAAAUGGAACGAAGAAGGAGUGGAGAGAUGUACCGACAAAAAAGUGAAGAAGACAUACGAAGAAGAGAAGAGAGGUCUUCAAUUAAAGACAGGGAAAGGAAAAAGAGAGACAGCAGAAGUUUUGAAACCAAAUGGAUGUUUAUAAAUGGCGAGAGAACAGAAGUACCAGGUAAAACUAUUGUUACCAUUGUCAAGGACCCAUAACAAUCUCGGGACAGUGCCACUUUAGCUAACAAUACUCCUUCCUUUUUGGUACUCUUCUAUCUAAGCUUAGUGAUAUCUGUCUUACAUGGGAGCGAUAUUCAAACUUGUCGUUGGAGGGUUUAAGGUUGGAGGGGUGUGUCGUUGGAGGGUUUAUGGUUGGAGGGGUGUGGAGAAAAGAAGCGAUUGGUCAGCUCUUCUUAUUCCUAAGUAUGACCAAUCUCUAAAUAACGAACACUAAAAUAUUCACAAAUUUGUUGAAAAAUUCAACACUAAAUUCUUUACUGAAGACUUGAAAAACGGGAAUCGAUGGUCGAGAAGCCAACUCACAGCCAAAGCGAUUUCUAAUUAUGAGCCUAGUUGACGAUAGGGAAUCUAGUUUCACGUACUUGCGCCAAUUGACGAUAACAGAACAAUCUUUUGUUUUCAACAGUGAAUGAAUCAUUCGUAUCGACAACAAGUCUUCCAAUUCAGAGCGAGCCUCCUGAUGUUUUCGAAGAUGAGUCGCCCAGCAGCAGAUACAGUGUAACGGUCAACACUGUGUCAACGAAAACUAUACAGAGGAGCCGCAGUUUUGAUUACAAGGUAAAUGGUAAAUCUUCCCCCCCCCCCUCCUCCCAGACAUGCGAUCUUUCGUCGUGGCCGUCAGAUCAUUUCUCUCACGGAAACAAGCGAACCAGCAAAGCAAUUUGGUGGGAAUGGAACGGAAAUUAUAGUACAGUAGUUUAUUAACUGCAUGGAUUUUGAUCGGGAGGUGUUUUAGGGGAAGAGGGAGCAGUAUGCAGGGAGGGUUGGUGGGGAUGCGCGUUUCAUUAUCUUCUUGACGUUUUCAUAAACUAAGAAUCUUAAAGUGGGUGAUAUGUUGAUGUGAAUAAGGGACAUUCUAACAGCACACUCGUUUCUUAUUUGUUCUUCAUUCUGUUUUGUUGAAGGAUUCAAGACAAGUCCCCAUCAUCCGCAGCAGCAACAUGUACGCAUCUGAGAGACAUAUAAGAACUGUUUCUCAGUUAUCUUUAAAAGAAGAGGUAGUGCCAUACAGAUCUCAGCCUCACUGCGAUCACCUUCUGCCCACAGAUCCUUCCGUUCAGGAAGCAGUAGGUACGCUAUAAACUUAUUUCAUCGUCGUCUAAGGGGCGUCAAUAAUCCUAACCCUUCUUUCGUCGUAAUGGUAUUGUACAACUAAUUUUAUUGGUUAGUGUUGCAAGACUUUUGAUAUUUGGAAAUCUUGUACCACAUUUAAGGGCGUUUUGAGAAUUCUUGUAGCCAGCUGGAAAUCACUUAUUUAGCCGUUCCAUCCCAUUAUUGUAUCGUAUUAGUAUUCAAGAAAGUAUUUCAUUAGAUUUCUUACUGACUCACCCAUGGUAAGCAUGAAUCAUUGUCUCUUUGGUGAAGUCUGAAUACCAAAUAAAUAUGUAAAAAUUCUGACUCAUGUCGUGUUAUUACUUUCAGAGAUGAGCUUUUUCGACAAAUAUGAAGAAAAUGACGGUACGUUGAGACCAUUUCCCAGCUGGUACGGAGGGCUGGACAUGGGAAGUUUGCCUCAUCUUUAUUCACCCACAAAUCCCAUCGAAGACUCUGACAUAGAUCGACUGCUGAGCAUAGAGAACGAGGGCUUGAAAUCUUGGAAGCGUGUGAAAAAAUCUGGAGAGUUGGAGGUCUAUUCACGCAAAGGGCUGGAGCGAGGCAGUCCGCCUGUUACCAAGGUAACCGUCAUAAUUGUAACUUUUUGAGUAUCGCUAGAUGUUAAUCCUGGGUUCAUAAAACUUCACUAAGUUUUAGAGCUUGGUUCUGUUACAGUAAUUAAUGGGUAAAUAAAGCCUGAUAAAAAUCAUUCAGGUUUGAGCUUUUUGUUAAUGAUAAUGAACGUCAUAAUGAUUUAUUUCUUUUAAUUUUACAGGCAGUGAUGGUCUUAAAGGAUAUUCCGUACAGAGACGGUGUGUAACGUGUUACAAACACUUUUAUUAUAUAAGCUGUUGUGUUCGACAAGGAUUGCUAGUCCUGAGAAAGGUCGAAACUGCACACGUGAAAUUACGUUAAAUUUUAUGUGUUUGAUAUCGCCAAUCAGCUGCUGACACGUAACUCGCCUUUCACCCACUCUGUCGGGUUGAUGAAUGAAUGGAAAAGCUUUCACUAUUAUCGAUUCAAGGUCGUUUGUCGAGUUUUCUUGUCAGUAAGGGCCUAUGGUUUCUUGUAGAUAUAGAAUUUCUCCUCUCGUGUUCAACUCGAAGAGAAAUUCAAUAUUUGCGCACGCCCAUGUGAUUUUCGCUUUGUAUUCACUUUUUCGAACAGAGGACUUGGGAAUCCCCUGAAGUUGGACGCAUUUAUUGAUUAUACUAGCGAGAACAAUCUUGUUGAAAAUACUAUCAAUUUUUUUUCUGGAGUUUAGAGUUUGAGCAUCCAUUGCUAACUGUUACUCAAACAUUUCCUUUUAGCUAUUGACUUAGUCUCUGACUGGGAUGAACGGACUAAGUGGGACAAAACAUUUGACGGUGUCUCAUUUCUGGAUCAGAUGGCGGACUUUAAGGUCUUGAAAUGGUGAGUCUAAGAGCCUAAUGGGAGGUAAAUUCAAUCUGCUGAACUAAAAAAAAAAUGGAAAGGGGGUAUUAAUAUUCAGAUGAUGUCUAUUUUUUGACUUUGUUAUGUUCUCACCACACUUGUUUAUUCAUAGCUAUCAGAAGAAGAAACAUCGAUGUGUAGUGUUGGCCACCUUAGAUCGAGAAGAUGAAGAACCGUACCACGCAUGCGCUUGGAAAGGGGGCACCCAUCCGAGUGUUCCUGGGGAGGAUAACAAGCUCAAUGUGAUGAGGUAAUGGUACUGGUAAUUUGUUGAUUUGCUCAAGAAUUCCGUUCUUAUAUUUAGAAGAUGAAUAAUUCGUUGAUUGGUUGAAGUUUUUUUAAUAAGAAGCACUUGCCAUUUUGUUUCCAUCGCUAAUAACAAGUUUCCCCGCCUUGAAUUUACAGGAGGUUAUAUUGAUUAUACUUGCAGAUUCUGUUUUCCAUUGCAAAGAAUAGUUAGGUAUGGGCUAGUAAGUUACGUUCCCAAACCACCUGUUUUUGACACAUCCAUUCGAUUGUGUUCCCUCUUUAGACUGGAGACAGGUAUCUGUGGCGCCAUUAUCCGCCCUUAUCACGAUGCUACCAGAUCCUCGAAAAUCACAAUAAUCACACAGGUACGAGGCUCUAUUCCCAGUCCUCUGAAGAGCACGUUCUUGACGGGUAACCCAAGCAAGUGGCUGAUUUGGCUCAAAAAACAUCACGACACACGAGCUAAGGACAUCGUGGAGAAAGAGAACGAAGAUGAUUCCAACAAAGACGAAGCCUCUUCUGUUUCAUCCAGGUCGGAAAAACAGGAUUAACGAGUAUUGGGGAAGUUUCUUAAAAUCUUGCUCCUUUAGUGAUAUUCUCUAUCGAUUACGUAUUAAGAGGAAAUUUUUUAGAACAUUGUAAUCUAGCUGUUUAUUUUUUACAAUUUUAAGGUAAUGCUUGGCAAAAUUAAAAAAAAAAAACAGUCUCGGCUCGCAGCAGUUGAAAGCUCGUGUGUAAUCAAACCGCAUUGUUAUAGAAGUAGUUUUUAAACAUUUCCAUACCUAUUGUAUCAGAAAUCAUCGUCUUUUCUUAUUGUUUUUUCUGAAAUUUUCUCUAAAAAUUGACAGAAGUGAUAGUACUAUAAGCAGCGGUCAGCGGUAAGGUCAAAUUAGGUGUACGUACGCAAGGUUCAAUUACGUAUUAAGGAAUGAUCACGUGCGUUCCACGACCACAAGCUUCCGUCCCGUUCAGUUUUGGAACACACUAAAUGCGAAUAGCAGAGAUGCCAAUUUUAAAACGAGUGAAUUAAAAAAGGUUAGCUUGGCUGAUAAAGGAAAAAAGAAAAGAUAGUAUUUUAAAGGGUUAUUACAAUCUGAAUGAAUCUUUAAGGAUCUACUUCAACUGUCACAAACUCAGCCUUAUUAUCAAAAUGUAACUUUUGCACACAUUAGAUUAGCUCUUGGCUUUGAUAACUUGAAUCCUUUCUAAUGCUGUGGCUCUUCAUAGGACACCAGAAAUACGUUACAUAAAUUAACACCUGCAUCUCGCAUCAUAUUUGUAUCUUAGAUUAGUGACAAGUAUCUAAAUUCUCCUUACAGAAUCACCUCUGAAUCACACACUAAGGUCAUGAGAAUAAUGGAAAUGAUCAACAACCACAGAAGCUCUGAAUCGUUAAGCUAAUUCUCCUCGUCAGCACCUUAGGAAAUGUACAGAGAACAGUAUGGAGAAUAUGCAUACUGAUAUUAGGGUGUAAAGGGUUACGAGCAGCUGUAGUUAUUUAAAGUCGCCUAGUUUAUCAUGUUGUGGUAAAUUAGAGUGUUGUGGAAUCUUAUAUUGGUAGAGAAUAAUUGUCAUUAAGAUUAUUUGAUCGACAUCGGUGUCUAAACAACUGCACACCUACCCUCCCCUAACGGAACAUUAACCCCAACUUGAUGUCAGCUGCAGUUGACUGUUGUUGGGUGUGGGGAGGGGUAAGUACGCAGUUGCUCAGAUAUUAACAUUAAUCCAGAUUAUUCACAGGUAAUUGAUUAAGGUAUAAUGUGUAUUUAAUGAGUAGUAUUUUUUACAUGAGAAAUGAAAAUAUCUGAGCUGUUAAUCACCAGAUGUGUGUACUUAACACCUUGGGCUAAACUUUCAUCAAAGAGUACGAAAUCAAAGCUUAAAUCUCGCAAUCUUUUUCGUAACAUUGCUACAAUUAAUUAAUUAUGCAUUUUGCAGUUCUUGUGGAAGAUGAUUAUUAAAGUGCCAGUCCACGC